AAAAUGAUGAACGAAUGAAUGAAUAUGAUAAGUAUAGGUAUAUAGUAAGUAUCAAGCAAGAACCAUUCUCUCCACGAAGCUUCGCGGAAGCUGCCAUGGCUUCCCCUCUUCCUCGCCCCCAUUUAAUACCAUCCUUCCUCGCUCUUUCCUCCUCACACCAAACAACACACUAACAUACACAUCAUCUCCUCUCUCUUCUCUUAUCUCCUCCGCUAUGAAGCUCGCCACUAGCCUCAGCUCCAAGUUCCUCCGCCUCAGCCCUAAACGUAUCUUCCGCUCCAAGUCCAAGUCCUCCGUUUCCAGAUCCGAACCUUCUUCCUUCAGCUCCGGUGCUUCUUCCGACGGCUCCUACAGCGACCUCAAGCCAGGUCCCGCGGCUACUCCCGUCAGUGUCCUCCCCGGAGAACAAGAUUUUUACUCCGAGCUGAUACAGGCCUUUAAGCUCAUAGACCGCGACGACGACGGUGUGGUUUCAAGAAAAGAACUAGCUGCGCUGCUUAGCGGGCUCAGUCCUGAGCCUCCGAGUCAAGAAGAGGUUACUCUGAUGCUUCAAGAAGUCGAUGGAGGAGGAGACGGUUGUAUCAGCCUCGAGGAGCUUGCUAGCCGCGUGGCGGGAACCUCCUCUGACUCUGAUGAAGGCUCCGUCGAGAUGAGGGAGGUGUUUGAGUUUUUUGACCUGGAUCACGACGGGAGGAUAUCGGCGGAGGAGCUGCAUAGAGUUUUUGGAGUUAUCGGAGACGAGCGGUGCACGUUAGAGGAGUGUGUGCGUAUGAUAGCGACGGUUGAUGGGAACGGUGACGGUUUUGUUUGCUUUGAUGACUUUUGCCGCAUGAUGGAAGCUUCAGGCUCCAGCGAUGAGUGAUCAUCAUUGAGUCAUGUUUGUAUGAUUGAUGAUAAUGACAUCGUUAUGCUCUCCUUUGUUUACACAUUAUUUUUUACUAUUACUGUAAUUUGGGUAUAAUUUUGUCACGGCAAAGCACUUCAAAUUUUUACCGUCAAGAAUCAAUCAAUCACUAUACCAGUGUGUUCACGUGUUCUA